AUGACAAAUGUACUAGCUAAAGCUGCAAGUAUAAGAAGAAAAUCAUCAUCUAAUCAACAACAACAACAAUCCUCAACAGAUAAAUCUAAAGAUAAUUCAAAUCAAACAUCAACUUCAUCAUAUAAUAAUUACUUUAAUUACACUACUCAAACAAGUAAAAAAUAUUUUAGUUUCAAUUCUAGUUCUAAUAAUAAUAAUAAUAAUAAAAACACUAAUGAAAAUAAUAAUAAUAAUAAAAACGAGAAUACAACAAAAAACGAGAUUUCAGAUAUAAACAUUAAAAUUAUAACUACAACAUCAAAUGAUGAUAUUACUCAAAAUCAAGAUCUAGAUACAAGUAAAACUAAUUUAAAUCAAAAAUUUAUAGAAUCAGAAUCAAAAUCACAAGCACAAUCUCAAUCUCAAUCAUCUUCACAAAAUAAAUCAAAAUCAAGUUUCCCACCACCACCUCCAAUUCCAAUACUGCCUACCCAACUACUUCGAUCAUCACCAAGCUUUACUGAUUCUUCACCCAUUCAACCACCUCAAUCUCAACCAUUACAAUCAUCAAGAGGUAUAAGAUCAAGUUCAUCUAAAGUUUCUUUAAAAUCAAUGAAAAGUUCUAAUUCUUUAUCAACAAUAAAUUCAAAAAACAACUCAAACAGUAAUAAUGAUAAAUUAAUUAAAACUUUAUUAAAAAGAUAUAAGAAAUUAGAAUUAGCAUUAAAUAAAUUUAAUUCUAGAAAAUAUAAUCAUACAUAUAAUACAAAUAAUCCAAAUAAUGGAGCUAUAUUAAAAGGUAAUUUAUUAAGAACUUCAUUAAUUCCAUUUUUAAGAAGUUCAAAUCAAUUAGAUCAAUUAUUUAAUAAAGAUUCAAAAAUUUAUAAAAGUUUAACCAGUGUUAUAUUAACAGUAUUAUUAAAAUGGUGGAAUUCAUUAAUUGGAAAUUUAAAAUAUACUAUUAAUUCAAUAAAGCCAAAUCUUACUCAGAUUUCAUCAAUUAAUCAAUCUGAACAAAUUCAUUAUACAAAUAUUCCAGCAAGUGAUAGAAAUGCUUAUUUAGAAUGUGUAUCAAGAAUUAUAUCAAGAGGUGAUUGGCAUCAUUAUGAUGAACAAAAUGAUUAUCAAGCAUUAUUAACUACAACAUUAGAUUAUUGUAUUGAUAAAUUAUCAACUUUAAAAACUUUAACUGGUUCAAUGGCUGCAUUUAUUGGGAAAGUAUUUGCUUAUAGUUUUUUUAAAAUUCCAAAUGUUUCAAAUGCAUUAAUGUUUUUAUUAAAUGUUAAACAAAUAAAUUUAGAAAAUAGUUUAAAAAUUUUACCUCAACCAGAAGACAUUGAUGAAAAAAUUAAAUUAAUUAAAUCAAAAUUCCCACAACAUUUACAUCAACUUUUAAAUUUUCAAGGAAUUCAAAAUUUAACAACAAGAGGUCAAAAAUGUUAUAUGAAUUGUAUUCCACCUCCAAAACAUCCAGUAGAUGGUAUUAAAAAUCCAAAUGGUGAUUGGGUUAGAAGAUGGUGUGGAUCAGAUUCAAAUGUUUUUAAUUCAUUUUUACGUCAUUAUAUUGAAAUUAUAAGACAAAAAUUUAUAAAUAAUAAUAAUGAAAUUAAUUUACUUUUGUUAUGUCCUGGUUUUAAUAUAAUUUUUAGUCAUAUUUUUCAAAUUUUUCAAAUUGCUAUAAAUAGAAUUACUUCAAAUAUGAAAAAUUCAAAAGAAAUUAUUGUUCCUCCUUUUAAUAUUAAUGUUAAACAAAGUGAUAUGUAUUAUAGUUCAAUUAUAAAAAUUUUUAGAACUAUUAGAGAUAUAACUUAUAUUUCAACAAAAGAUCAAUCUAUAGAUAAUAUAAGUUCAAAUUUAGUUAAAGUUAUUGAUCUUUGUUUUAUAUCAAUAGCAAAAGAAACUACAAUAUAUGAUUUUAAUAAAAAUGGUAUUAUAUUAGGUAUAAUAAAUGAAUUUAUAAAUCAUUUAGAUUUUAAUUCUUUUAAUAAUGAAAUUCAAUAUUUAAUAAAUUGGGAAUUUUGGUUAAGUUGUAAUUAUAUGAUGAUAAAUCAUUGUGAUCAUAUUCAAAGUUUAUUAAAAAAUUUUGCAUUUUUAUUUAAUAUAUGGGAUAUGAUACCUGAUGUAUUAUGUUCAUUUAUAACUUCAAAAAUUGAUAAUAUAUCAAUUAAUGAUAUAAAUUAUAAAUGGAUUAUAAAUAUUGAAGAAUCAAUAAAAUUAAACUUUAUAAAUUAUUUAAUUAGUGAUUUUACAUUUGAAAAAUUUUUUAUUCAUUGGAAUCCUUUGGUAAGAUCUUAUUAUAUUAAAUUAUUAAUUUGGAGAGUUAUUGGUAUAAAUAAUUAUCAAUCUUCAUUUUCUAUACAAACUACAAGAACUUUACAAUCAAAAUUAAAUGAAUCAUUUGAAAUUUUACAAAGCUAUACAAUUUUAAAUAAUGGUAAGAAUGAAUUAAAUUUUAAACCUGAUAAUCCUUUAGUUAAUAGAAAAUUUAGUAUUUUACCUAUUAGUUCAAAAGAUGAUUAUUUAUCAGUUAGUGGUGAUGGUUUAAAUGGUAUUAAUAAUCAAUCAUCAGAAAUUUAUUUAUCUGCAACAACUUCUCUUAAAUCAUCAGAAUUAAGAAAAACUCACCCAUAUGAAAUAUUUGAUGAAGCUAUUUAUACAUGUGCAACAGUUCCACUGAUUAAUGAAAAUCAGAACAAUAUUAGUUCAAAUUCAAAUUCAAAUUCAUCAACAGCAAACAAAAAUAAUUCAUUUGUAAAUUCAAUAAGUAAAUUAUUAAAAAUAUUAUCAGAUGAAGAAAAAAAUCAAGAUAAAAUUCAACAACCUCCAAUGAAACAUUCAGAAUCUUCAAGUUCAUUAUCUACAUCAUCAUAUAAAUCAAGAUCUUCAUCACCAAGUAUAAUGUCAUUUAAUUCAACUCCAACAUCAAUUACUGAAACUUCAUCGUUAAAAUCAGAUGAAUUUGAUGAAAAUUCAUCUAUAUUAACAAUAGAUACAUUAAAAUUAAAAGAUGAUAGUGAAUUACCAUUAAAUAAUCAAAAACAAAUAAAACAUAAACAACCCGACCAGAAUCAACAACAAAAUUAUAAUAUUCAACCACCUGAAUUAUCAAAAUUACCACCAGAUAUAAUAAGACCAAUUUUUAAAUUUGAUAUUAUUGUAUGUCAUGAAUCAAUGAAUGAAAAAUUUCAAAUUAUAAAUUCAAAAAAUUCAAUUAUAAAUCAAAAUUGUUAUAAUGGAUAUUUUAAUAAAAAUCAAAACAAUAUUUAUUUUAAUAAUAAUUAUGGAAAUAAUUUAAAUUAUCAACAUUAUGAUCAAUCUCAUCAAUCAGUUUUAAAUUUCCCCAAGAUUCCAAAAUUACCAUAUAUUUCAUUAUUUAUAAAUUCAGAUUUAUAUAAUCAUAAAUUUUAUUUAAAUGAAGAAGAUGAUGAUGAUGGAAUAUAUUUAGAAAAUUUAUCAAAUCAAGAGGAUGAUGAGGGAGAUGAUGAACACGAGACUAAGCAUUCUUUAUUUAAUUUAAAAAAUAAUGAAUCAUCAAAUAUUUCAAUUUUAAAUCUUGGUAAAUCUUUAAAUGAAAUUAAUAUUAUAAUUGAAGAAUUUAAAUUUUUUUUAAAGCAAAGGAUUGAUAUUGAUAAUUUAAAAUUUGAAAAUUUAAAAAAUUUAAAAAAUUCUAAUAAUACUAAUUUUAAUAAUGAACCAGGAUUUAAUUCAAUUGCGGACAAUGGAGAAGAUAUUGAUGAUAAUUUUAAUGAAUUUAUUUAUCUUAAAAGAAUUAUUCCAUUCUUGAGUGUUGAUUCUUCAAAUGAAUUAAAAUUAUUAAAUGCUAAUUAA